UUAGGUUUUCAAAGUGAGUGCCGACAAUGAUAUUGUUUCUUUUUAGUCAAGUUGAAUGAUUCUGUCAACAAUGCCUCAGGCAAAAAAAAAAAAGGUUUUGUAUUACUGUUUAUGUUAGUAGCAAUAAGAAAAUAUUGAUGGUGUCAAAGUAUUAUAUAUGUUAGUCGUUGAGAUUGCUCAAUUUGCUGAAAAAAUAAUAAGAAUGUCUAUUGGAGGUAUCAAAGUACUGUUAUCGUAAAUCUAUUGGCUAGACUGAAUCAUUCAUUUGACUAAAAAGAUUGAGACUUUCUAUAUUAACGAAACAAAUGCUAUAUAACCUAUAGCUCAUAUGAUCCUCUCUCUCUUCAUCACCCUGCUUCGUUGUGUGAGUUCAGGAGAACCAUUCAACAAACAUCGUGGGGGGUCUGGGUGCAUCUCACAUGGUAAACAUAUUUGAAACUUCAACAGUAUUUUUAUUAACAUAAACACAUCAGGUAUUUGCUAUGAUUGGCUCUCUGAUUUUGUCUAUCGUUUGACUCAGCUUUAAUAAUACCACUGACAACUAAAUUUUGCAACUUGCAAACAGAACUCAACUGCUAUUAAAAUGCGACAAAGUGGAAAGACAUAUGCAUAUACUAACCCAAAGCAUAAACAUGAGAAUGGCCGAGAAGAUUUCCUUAUUGAUCUUCUUGUUUGUCCUCAGUAGCAGAAUUACUGUUGUUUCUUCACAACUAUGCGAUGGCACUGGGUCUUUUGGAGAAGGUAGCCCAUAUGCUAUUAACCGCGAAAAAAUCCUCUCAUCUCUUGCUGCUAAUGUGAAGAUGCCCAACGGUUUCUACAACGGUUCGAAGGGAGAUCGUCCUGACUCUCCUGACCGAGUAUAUGCAAUGGCAAUGUGCAUAGAUGGGAGUGACCCAGAGGUAUGCUCGGAAUGUCUCAGGGUUGCGACUAACUUGUUAAUACACAACUGUAAUAACGAGAGUGAAGGAUUUAUAUGGUUUCCGUAUAAAGCCCUUUGUUUUGCACGCUUCUCUAACCGUUCGUUUGUUGGAACCCAUGAUACGCACCUGCUUUAUUCGGAGCACAGCAUUGGGUUAUCGAGGUUAACAGAGUUUGAAGAAAACUUUAGCAAUUUAACAGUUGGUUUGAUAGCUGAAAUUUCUAGUGGAAAAAAAGCUUCAACUAAAGUGGAGGCCUUGACAAAGUUCCAGUUACACGCAUUAAUGCUAUGCACUCUGGAUCUAAAUUCAACUGAGUGUUCGGCCUGUCUUCGAGAAAGUGUUGGUGCUUAUCAUAAGGAUGAAUACCUCAUUCGGAGGCAAGGAGGCGUCAUUGCAUAUCCAAGCUGUUUCUUCCGGUGGGAUUCGUAUCCCUUCAGCGGAGGUUUCAAUCGAAUUUCUUCUUCUAUACUAGGUAGCAACAAAACCUCAACGGUAAUGUUUGUGGCGGUUGUUGUUCCCAUCGUCGCUAUCUGCUGUAUACUGUUUGCUCUAGUGGUAAUACUAGUUAUCAGAAGGAGAAGGUCUAACCCACCGCCUGACUUUGCAAAUGUACCUAAAAACUCACUGCAAUACGAUUUGAAAACGAUUGAAGCUGCAACGUGCACAUUUUCCAAGAGAAACAUGCUCGGUGAAGGUGGAUUUGGAGAAGUUUUUAAGGGUUCACUUCAAGAUGGGUCACAAAUUGCGGUGAAAAGGCUGUCUAAAGAAUCAGCACAAGGUGUACAAGAGUUCAAGAAUGAGACUAGUCUCGUCGCAAAGCUUCAGCACAGAAAUUUGGUUGGAGUUCUCGGGUUUUGUAUGGAAGGAGAAGAAAAGAUACUCAUUUACGAGUUUGUUCCCAACAAAAGCCUCGACCAGUUCUUGUUUGAACCUACAAAGCAAAGCCAGCUUGAUUGGGCUAAAAGGUACAAGAUUAUUCUCGGGACUGCUAGGGGAAUCCUAUAUCUUCAUCAUGACUCGCCUCUCAAAAUCAUACACCGUGACCUCAAAGCUAGUAACAUCCUCUUAGAUGCUGAAAUGGAACCCAAAGUCGCAGAUUUUGGAAUGGCUAGGAUUUUAAAGAUGGAUCAAUCUCGAGCCGAUACAAGGAGAGUCGUUGGAACCCACGGCUACAUUUCUCCAGAGUAUUUGAUGCAUGGGCAAUUCUCCAGGAAAUCUGAUAUAUUUAGUUUUGGAGUUUUGGUUCUCGAGAUUAUUAGUGGAAAAAGAAACAGCAACUUCCACGAGAUUGACGGUUCCGGAAAGAGUUUGGUCACACAUGCUUGGAAGCAUUGGAGGAACGGGUCACCACUAGAACUAGUGGAUGCGGAAAUAGGAAAGAACUAUCAGAGUAAUGAAGUAGUCAGAUGCAUCCAUAUUGCGCUAUUAUGUGUUCAAGCUGAUCCAGAUGACCGUCCAGAUAUUUCCGAAAUUAUCUCGAUGCUCACCAGUAACUCGAUCAUUUUACAGCUUCCCCAGUCACCAGUAUAUGAGGGUUCAGAGAUGGGUCUACCUCCGAUUAAAUCUGUUCCUGUUUCUGUAAAUGAUUCAUUGAUAAAUGAGUUGGUUCCUCGUUGAAGAUGGCAGAUCAUUUUUUUUUUAAAUGAUGGUUGGUUGG